GCUGUUUUUGCCAAAUGCUGCAGUUCGUUGCGUGUCGAUCAUGAUUCUCAAGAAAGGGAUGAUAUGUAACCUCUUACUCUUGUCUUUAGCUUCGGCUGCUAUGGGAAAUCAAUCCUCAAGUUCAGUAUUGGGGAACACUUGUAUGUCUUCAACCGCCAAAAGCAGCAAUGAAUGUGUAAGCAUUACCUGUCAAGGUAACAUAUCUCAGCCUACAACCACUUGUUGCAUUAAUGCAACUGCACAGAAAACAAACUACAAAGACUCCAUCCAAGAAUGCCCUCCUUCAUCGACAUCUACUGGUCCAACACCAGUCUGCUCUGUUAAUUGCACUAUCAGAUUAUCAUCUUUACAAUCAAUCACACAGACUGGAUCAAAAAUGACACCCUCACAGACCAUGGCAACACCUUCUGGUAGUUUCAGUUGGCAUGGAACCACAAUGCCAGUGACUAUGUCACAGAAUACAGCUGUUCUAUCAAAGUCCACUAGACUAAGAUAUGCAACCCUGUCAAAACAAGAGGCUCCAUCAAGGUCACCUACACCUGAGCCCCCACGAGAGGAGGAAAAGAAACAAAUAAACCUCUUUGUAUUGGUGGGGGGUGCUGGAGGGACUGCUCUACUGUUAAUGCUCACUGGGAUCAUCAUAUUGCAAUGUGUCAUACUUUGCCAGAAGAAGAAGAAGAAGAAACAACACUCAGUGAGAGAAGGUAAAACGCACCAAAAUAGAUGACAAAAAAUCCAGCAUUAAGACAACUAGGCAGGCUCACUUCACUCGCCGUUACAUGUUUCUUAUGAUGAAACAAGUUGUAGCUAGAUAGCUAAGUGCACUUGACGAUGGAUUUAUCAUGGGGUCUUCGCUGGACUGCUUUGGUGGUGAUGAGAAAGACAAUGGUACUGUCUGCUACUCUUUGGUAGGAGUAACGGGAGCGGCAGUGACCCUAUUGUUUGCAGCAGUUAUAAUUCUGUGCUCCGUGUGCUUCAGACUCUAUUAGGUAUCUAUGUGUGUUGGUAAACGCUCUGGUUACAGGUAGACACAGGUACGAUAUACAAAGGACUGCUGGAUUCGGCGAAAAUUUGGAAGUGACUAAUGCAGCCUACGUAUAUCAUCUGCCGGCUGAACGUGUAACCAACCACGUACAGAAAGUGGAAACUAGUAGAGAAGAAGACAAAAGAAACAAUCAAUACCAAGAGGUUGGAAUUACCGACUACGAGCACAUGUAUUCAAAGACCGUUCAAUUCAACGCUAGCGGAACACACGACGGUUGUUCCCAAGAUAAAUCCCAAGAGAAAGAGACAGCAUACGCAGAGUUGAGUAUCACAACUCUCGAGAGUGCGAGUGUUUAUACAAAGAUUUCUCUAAAAGAAAAGUAAU